ACUGUCGGUGAUUUGCAGAUUCACAAACUUUGCUGUUUUUGUUGAAAAAUAAAUAAAUUUAAAGAGAAAAUGCCUGCCGAAAUACAAGCAACUAAAGUUGUUGUGCAUCCGCUCGUGCUACUGAGUGUCGUCGAUCAUUUUAAUCGCAUGGGAAAGAUCGGAAACCAAAAACGAGUCGUUGGAGUCUUGCUUGGCUGCUGGAAAGCAAAAGGAAUUUUGGAUGUUUCGAACAGUUUUGCAGUUCCCUUUGACGAGGACGACAAAGACAAAUCCGUGUGGUUCUUGGAUCACGAUUACCUGGAAAACAUGUACGGAAUGUUUAAGAAGGUAAAUGCUCGGGAACGCGUUGUCGGCUGGUAUCACACAGGCCCGAAAUUGCAUCAGAACGACAUCGAAAUCAACGAACUCAUUCGUCGGUACUGCCCGAACAGCGUUUUAGUGAUAAUCGAUGCGAAACCGAAGGAUUUGGGUUUGCCAACGGAAGCUUAUAUCGCCGUCGAGGAAGUUCACGAUGACGGAACGCCAACAAGCAAAACUUUCGAUCAUGUGCCGAGCGAAAUUGGAGCCGAGGAAGCGGAAGAAGUUGGCGUCGAGCAUUUGUUGCGCGAUAUCAAAGACACGACAGUCGGUUCACUUUCGCAAAAAAUCACGAAUCAACUUUUGGGACUCAAGGGACUGAAUUCGCAGCUCAGAGAGAUAAAGCACUACUUGGAACGUGUCGGAAGCGGGUCUUUGCCAAUUAAUCAUCAAAUUGUUUACCAUUUGCAGGAUAUUUUGAACUUGUUGCCCGACAUUACGCACGAUAAUUUGACGGAUGUGCUGUACGUGAAGACGAACGAUCAAAUGUUGGUUGUUUAUUUGGCGUCUUUGGUGCGAUCGAUUAUCGCGUUGCACAAUUUGAUCAACAACAAACUCACGAAUCGCGAUGCCGAGGAGGGAAAGAAAGAGGAAACCGGCAAAAAUGGCAAAGGGAAGGAAAACGAAAAGGACGGCAAGAAAGAUGAAAAAGCCGACAAAGCCAAGUCAGAUGAGAAAACGAAAGUAGAAGAUAAGAAAAAGUAAUUUUUUAAAUAAUUAUUAUUUUUUUUGCAUUAAUAACAGAAGCUACAAUAAAAUUCUUAAAAAUUAAAUUUUUCUGAGGUUGAAUUUGAUGAUGG